AUGCAAGAAGUGAGGGUAUUAGAUGGUGGAUUUUCUACACAAUUAGCAACUCAUGUUGAUGAUACAAUAGAUGGUGAUCCAUUAUGGACAGCACGUUUCCUUGUUACAAAUCCUAAUGCAAUUAUUUCUACACAUUUGGAUUUUUUGAAAGCUGGAGCAGAUAUAAUUUUAACAAACACUUAUCAAGCAUCUAUUGAUGGCUUCUCAAAAUAUAUGAAUAUUACAGAACAAGAAAGUCUUGAUAUCUUUUCUAAAGCUGUAGAUUAUGCUAAAGAAGCUGUGAAUUUGUAUAAAAAAGACAUAGAAAAUAAAGGAAAUAUAAUAAAUGCAAAUCCAUUGAUUGCUGGAUCAAUUGGACCAUAUGGAGCUUGUUUACAUGAUGCUUCAGAAUAUAGUGGCAAAUACUGUUCAAAUGUAACAGAAGAAUUUCUUAUAAAUUGGCAUAGACCACGUAUUCAAAAAUUAAUAGAUAAUGGUGUUCAUAUAUUAGCUAUAGAAACAAUUCCAUGUAAGCAAGAAGCAGAAGCAUUGAUUAAAUUAUUAAAAGAAUUUCCAAAUAGUAAAGCUUGGUUAUCUUUUUCAUGUUGUAAUGAUGGAAAAAGUAUAGCAGAUGGAACUAAUUUUCAACAAAUUGCAAUGCAAUGUUAUAAAAAAGCUUUACCAAAACAAAUUUUAGCAAUUGGAGUCAAUUGCACUGCACCACAAAAUGUAACUAAAUUAUUAAAAGGAAUUAAUGAAAAUAAUAAGCAAGAAUUUAUACCAUUAGUAGUAUAUCCUAAUAGUGGUGAAAAAUAUACAAUAGAAAAUGGUUGGACAAUAAAAGAUGAAGAAUGUCCUUUACAUGAAUUUAUAUAUGAGUGGCUUACUUUAGGUGUUCGGUAUAUAGGUGGAUGCUGUAGAACAAAUGCCACUGAUAUAAAGAAAAUACGAUCAGAGGUAGAGAAAUGGAAAAGAAAUUAAAUGCUUAAAUUGUAUUAUAUGUUGUAAAUGUGUAAUAUGUAAAUAAUCAUACAUGAUGCAAAAUAAAAAUAAAUCAA